AUGGACAAGAUUACAGUCACAAAAUUUAACGGAACUGAUUUUGGACUCUGGAAGUAUCAGAUGUCAGUCUAUCUUGACUAUCACGGAUUAUUCGAGGUAGCGAGUGGCAAAACGGUUAAGUCGGAACAAAAUGCCGAGACUUGGGAUACUACCAACAAGAAGGCACGUUUUGCGUUAACUCAAUCAAUGGAGCUUUCACAGAUACGUCACAUUGUGAAUUGUAAGACUUCAAACGAAAUCUGGUUAAGGCUUGAAGCUUUGUACGAACAGAAAAAUGAAACAAGCGUACAUUUAUUACUAGCAAGAUUCUUCGAGUAUAAGAUGGAUCCAAGCAAGAUGACAGUGUCAGAACAUGUCAGUAACGUCGAACAGAUGGCUCGACAACUCGAGGACCUUGGUCAUAAGCAGGAUGAAACGACGAUAAUUACAAAGAUUCUGCAUUCACUACCGGUAAGCUAUCGUUCGGUAAUAUCAGCUUGGGAUUCAGUAUCGAGACACGAACAGAAAUUAGUUAAUCUAUUGCCUCGUCUCAUGAAAGAAGAGCAACUCUCUAAAAGUUUUGGUGAGGUUAAGAUUAAUAGCGAAGAGGAAUCUGUCGCAUUGCAUGCGAAGAAGACGAAGCAUGACAAAAAGCCUAAGCAACACAAGAAUACAUUUAAAGGAAAAUGCUUCAAUUGUGACGAAGAAGGGCAUACGGCUCGAUAA